AUGGCUGCGCCCGACUCCAAGUCCAUCGCCGACCUCAACGGCAAAUGGGUCAUGAACAAGACCCUCUCCUCGAGCACCGACCCGGCCCUCGCCCUCCAGGGCGUCGGCUGGGUGACGCGCAAGGUCGUCGGCCUCGCCACCAUCACCCUGCACGUGAAGCAGUUCGCCGCGGAGCCCUCCCCCGUGGGGCCCAACGCCGACCAGCCGGCGCCGACGUCGGACCCGGUCACGCACGUCGACAUCGAGCAGACGGGCACGGGCGGGAUGAAGGGCACGACGGAGCGGCGGUGCCUCGACGACGCGCUGCGCGAGCACACCGACUACCUCUUCGGGCACGUGCGGGGCCGCACGCGCUGGGUCGACCUCGCCGAGGUCGAGGACGAGUUCCUGAAGGCGGGCUGGAACGAGGAGGGCGAGACGGCGGGGGGCCAGGACGGCAAGCUGCACAUGCUCAGCUGGGUCGAGAGCCUGGACCGCGGGUGGGUCGCGACGCAGGUCUGGGGGUUCAAGAAGGUCGACGGGGAGAGGAUGUACGCGCGCAACAUUGUCAUCACCAAGGGCAAGGAGAGGGUCGAGCUGAACCUUUACUAUGACUAUGUUGCGUAG